UGUGGUCCUGUGACGCCCCCUGGCGUAAGAUUCGGGCAGGUCCCCUCCUCCGAGCCCUGCCUCCUGUAGACGGAGUGCAGUCUUACUUGGGGGAGCAGACCUACCGGAGCUCGCGUUUCCAGGGCUGCGCGGGGCGCCAGGUUCUUCGCCGCACUCAGACCUCUCCGCUUCCUCGGUUCCCGUCGCCGUCCGGGCCGCAUCGCCAGCGCUGUCCCCUGGAGCCUGCCUGCCCGGCGGUUUCUGGGGGUGGCUUGGGGAGGGACGACGGUGAGGAUUAACACUUGACAAUGAGCGAAAGGUCUGGCCAAGAGGAGGGGAACCUGAUGCCCGUGUGCGAUGGCGGUGGCCAGGACACCGUGUCGGACACUGGUGGUUUGUGGCAGCGGAGGCUUGUGUCUGAGCACCCAGCUGAGGGCGUGAUGACAGUCAGAGACCCUGGCCGAGACCUCUGUCCUGCAGCAGCGGUGCAGGAAGGACCCUCAGGGAUCCGGGAUGUCAGUGGGAUUGGAUUCCGACGGCGUGGGCGGGCCACACGCAGGAGGUACAGGAAUGAGGCUGGCCAGUUCAUCUCCAUGGUGACCUUCUUUGAGGCUCAGGGAGCAACCUCGGGGGCCCAGGAUGCCCGUGGGCAGGGCACCUGCCGACGAGGGCGGCCCCCGCGGAAGUACCGCAAGAGGAAAGUGGCCAUCACCGCAGAGGUGACCCUGUUUGAGAUGGUUGCCCUGGGGAAGAACUCUGUGCAGACGGCUGUCGAGGAGUGGGUCCAGUCUUACAAGGAGGACAGGGAGCUGGCCCUGCUGGACCUCAUCAGCUUCUUCGUCCAGUGCUGUGGCUGUGAAGGGAUGGUGACGGCCGAGCUGUACCAGACCAACCAAGGCAACAGUGUGGUUCACAAGAUGACCGAGAAGUUUGACCAGGAGACCGGGCUGUACUACAAGAAGUUUCUGGCAUACCCGUGGAUCCUGACCAUCAUGUGGCCAGAGAAACUGCAAAAUGACUUCUACCCCAUCGUGGGCCCGGGGCCCUUCUGGAAAAGGUUCAGGGUCAACUUCUGCGAGUUCACGGAGCUGCUGGUGCAACAGACACACUCUUCGGUGCUGUGUGACGGACACCUCAUGGACACGGUCAUCUGCAUGCUUAGUGGCCUCACCAACUCGGCCGUGCACAGCCUGCGGCACACCAGCUCCCUGGCAGCCAUGAAGCUGCUGACAGCGCUGGCCAGCGUGAACCAGGGCACCUGCACGAACAGGCGCAGGUCCCAGCGGCUGUGCCAGGUGGAGAACAUCGCCAAACUCAAGGGCAAACACAAGUACUGCAUGGAAGUACUGGACCAGCGCAGACAGCAGAGCAAGCCCGUGGCCAUCGACAACAUCAUCUGCGCGCUCUUUAAGAGGACGUUCGUGCCCCGCUUACCGCCCCGUGUCGACACGCGCACCCUGCCGCGUGGGCGACACGGCCUGGCCGUCCCACUGACACUCUGGCUUCGCUUUCGCAGCGACAUCAGCUCGGACAUCCGAGUGAUCUGCGUGGCGGAGCUCGGAUGCUGGAUCAAGCUCUACCCGGACCUGUUCCUGGACAACAACUACUUGAAGUACAUCGGCUGGAUGCUGUAUGACAAGGACGCCAGCGUGCGGAUGAAGUGCAUCCUGGCGCUGAAGGCGCUCUACGAGAAGAGAGAGUCGGCUAUGAAGCUGGGCCUUUUCUUCCACAAGUUCAAGAAACGAAUCCUGUCGAUGACCCAGGACAGGCAGCCGGAGAUCACGUCCGAGUGCAUGCAGCUCCUGCGGCUUAUAUCCGAGCACUACGUGGGCGUGUUCUCAUCCAUGGAGUACGUCUUCUUGUUCCAGUUCGUGUACGCGGCCUACAGGCCCAUGGCGACCGCCGCGGGCGAGCUCAUCUGUAAGAGGCUCCUGGCCCCUCCGCCCCAAGAAGGUUUCUUUGGUCAAAACCCUCCCGACGAGUUUGACAGAAACAUCCAGAACAUGAAGACGCUCAUCGACUUUUACUUGCAGGGCGAGUUCCACAGACACGUCCCAUACCUGGUGGACGGCCUGUGGGACGCGGCGCCCGCCCUGGUCCGGAACUGGGAGUGCAUGACGGCCCUGCUGCUGGAGCCACGUGGCGGGCGCCAAGCGCUGACGAGCCAGCAGGAGAGAGUCCUCAUCGAGAUCCUCGUGGCCGCCGUGCGACAGGCCGCAGAGGGCCACCCCCCUGCUGGCCGCGAACUGGGCAAGAGAGCUGCCAGGGAGGUGGACGGGACCCGCCGCUGGCGUGAGCGUGCCAGCAUGAGCCGACACUUUGUGAAGGUGCUGCCCCAGCUGCUGUCCAAGUUCGCCGCGGACAAGGAGAAGGUGACGCCCCUCCUGCAGAUUCCGCAGUACUGCAACCUGGACGUGUAUGACAAGGACGGCCUGGGCUCGUACCUGGACUCGGCCCUGCUGGAGCUGGACUGCCUCGUGCAGCGGCACUCGGACGUGGCGGUGCUGGAGGCCUGUGCCCGCGCCUACGGCGCCUACUGCUGCGAGGGGGGCACCGCCCACUGCCAGGCCGCCCCCGCCUGCAGCCGGCUGGUGGACAUGCUGGUGGACGCGCUGACGCCGCUGCUCGACGUGUUCCUCCAACACGAGAAACAAGGCCAGUUCCUGGGACACCAUGAGAUGGGUCGCAUCUGCUCGACGCUGCGGAGACUGGUGGCUUUCUACAGCACGCACGACCUCAGCAGCUGGAACCUGUACGAGAAGAUGGACAGUCUGCUGACCCUGCGCAGGCACCAGGGCAGCAUGCCCACCGAGGUCAUCCACUGUGCACUGCAGUGCACCUACUAUGCGCUCCUGUGGCAGAUUGUUGCAGCCACGGACCGGCUGCCGCCUCAGGACGCGCUCCUGGACUUGCGGAGGCGGCUGAUGAAGUUCUGCGUGGCCUGCCGCGUGUACCUGAGCCACCAGAGCAAGGUGCUGAGUGAGAAGGCCUUCAUCCUGCUGUGCGACCUGCUGCUCAUCCUGAGCCACCAGGGGCCCGAGGACACCGGCCUGGGGCUGCUCUUCUUUGUGCCUGACCACAUCCUGCAGGGCAAACUGCUGAGCUUCGUCAGGGAGCACGUGUUUCUGGAGGAGUCAGGGGCUGAAGGCCCCAGCAGAAUUUACAAGGAGGACGACGCGGACGAGCUCCACGAGCUGUUCCACCGGAGGAACAUGCUGGCCGUGUUCUGCAAGCUUGUCGUCUACAACGUGCUGGACCUGAGCGCGGCCGCCGAAAUCUACCAGUUCUAUCUGAAGCAUUACCAUCACUUUGGUGACAUCAUCAAGGAGACCAUGACCAGGACGAGACAGAAUGACAGGCUUCGCAACGCGCUGUCCCUGCUCCUGUGCCUGCAGCAGCUCUUUCAGAAGCACAUGGACACGUACGGUCUUAACUACGACCCCAUCGAGUUAAUCUGCGGCCCCUUCUACUCCAUCCGGCUGCUGGCUCGCCGCUUUGCGCUCACGCUCGGCUUUGACCGCGCCCGGGAAGCCGCCCACCUGAUCCAGAGGCGCGGGCUGGCCUACGCCUUCUCCGAGGCCCCGGUGGCAGAAGCGGAGGGGGGCCGCCAGCGCUACCCAAACCUCUGCUUCCUGCUCCUGCUGGCCGAGUUCUCCUGCAAGAUCCCCCCGGCCGAGCGCGGGACCGCACUCGCUCACUUCCAGGACUCCAUACCCGAGGGCGUACCUAGCUUUGGGGAAGGGGAUAUGAACCCCCUGCUCGUGUACCGCAAGUCCCUGAUGAAGACGGACUACGUGCCCCAGACCGAGGAGGAGGAGGAGCCGGCCGCCAACCCGUUCGAUGCCAUCUGCAAAGAGAGCAAGCGGCCGCAAGAGCUGCCCGCAGCCACCGGCUCCUCCUGGACACCAGACACGUUGGCCAGCUCCUCCGCGGGGGACCGAGAGCCGAGGACCCCGUCCAGGGGCCGCAAGUCCAAGCGGGACAUCUUUGACGUUGACUUCCUGUCGUCAGAGGAUUCGGGACAACUCUUCCAACGAAGACGUGGACGUGGAGGGCAUCUCUGUGCAGGGAGGAUCCGACUGAAGAGGAAACCCCCCACCCCGUGAUGAGCUCCCCCCUCCGUUGCUGUGUUCUGUCCCCCGUGGCUACCCACUCCUGGGGCUGGGGGGCCGGUCGCCUCCGAGUACGGCCGACCCGGGCCCUCCAGGUCUCUAGGCAAUGACAGCGACCCCUGCCAUUUGCACCCGUGGAUCCGAACCCCUUCUGUGGGGAGAGGGCUGUGUGACCGCUGACCGGGACCUUGGGAUGCCCACCCAGGUGCCUACCAGCUGGCAGCUUUCUCUCCGGGCGACUGCUGUGCUUGGCUGGACGGUUCCAGAACCAGCUGUGUUCUCCGCCGUGGAGCAUGGUGCUGGGUCCCUCGUCCUCGCGGUCCUACGUGCGGCGGCUCUGGGUGGGCCGCCGGCUGUUCCUGUCACAGCCCAGGGCCUGGCUGUGGGCGUUUUGUGACAGCUGGAGCUGUGGGCCAGCUGUGGGGCAGGGAGGGCCCCGGAGAGGCUGUAGUCUGGUCAGCACGGGGACGCUCCAGACAGAUCGGCUGCGCGGACUUGGGGCAGGGGCCUGGGCUGGAUGCUUUUGGGUCACCCUCCCCCGGACAUGCAGGGUGGGGCCUUCUGCCCUUCAAAUCUCGUGUUGGUGCCAAACCACAGAUCCUUCUCGGCCACUGUGUAGAGGGGCACGGCCCCCCGCGCAUCCUGCACGGAGAACCAGCGCCCCCCCCCCCCCCCCCCCCCCCCCACCCCCCCCGCGUGUGUGCGUUGGACCCUGGCCUGGGGGUUGGCUGCCUGGGUGGGACGUCUCGUCCCCCCACCCCUCUGGUCCUGUCCCCUCUCCUCCGUCCCAGUUCUGUCCCCAGGACUUGGGAAGCUGCUGUAGGAAAGCGCUACC